GGAGGUGGAGGGGGGGGGGGGGGAAGACAAGAUUUCAGCACCGGAGCUGUUCACGGCUGCCUUCGGAGGGGACUGUUCUUUCUGCUUCCGACCGAGUGUGCCUUCCCUGCGCGAAUCGGGAUCAUAAACCGCUGCGUUCAUUCAUCUCCCUGAUUGGGGGCGAACAACACCAACAACAGAAAAAGAGAGAGAGGGUCAAGUCUUGCCAUGGUGAACGGCCGGGAUUGAGACGGGAAGGAUAAAGUCUCCGAUAAGUCAGGGCGAAGAGCAACGCAUCCAGUUUGCGCCAUGGGAGUGCUUAUGUCAAAGAAACAGCAGGUGGAGAAGGUGCAGAAAUGCAGUGCUGUCGUCUCGGCCUUCCAGGCGGGCAUUAAGGAUCGUACAGCCAAGCAAGCGGAGGCAGACGCGGGGGACGGGGAAGACGAUGCCAAAACCUCAGCCAGUCCUGAUGAGAAAAACACUGAGGAGGUGAAGCCGGAGGAGACAGACAAUGACGCAGGACCGUCAACCUCCCAACAGGCCUCAGCUCCGGUUAGAGAUGAAUGUAAAGUCAACCAGGAGGCUUGGUCGAGGUUACGGGACGGGAAAGGUGUUGAGCCUGAAGACCUCGACAAGAGCCAUCAACUCACGCCCCCUGCUUUUGUGCGACCAAAAAGGGAAUCUGACGAUGACCAGCCUAUUGAGGUGGACCUGGAGAACAAGGAGCAGCCGCCACGAGACGAGAUGUGCGAUGUUUGCGAGGUGUGGACGGCGGACGACCUCUACCCCUGCAGGAUCUGCACACGGGUGUUCCACGACGGCUGUCUGAGGGAGCUGGGUUAUCUUCGUGCCGAGGCCUUGCAGGAGAUGAGAGACACAGCCCACACUGUUACGGGCUGGAGCUGCUACUAUUGUGACAACGUGAAUCUCCUUCUGACAGAGGAGGAGAUGUACAGUCUAAUGGAGACGUUCAAGCAGUGCAAGAUCAUCCCAGAGUCAUGCCUGGUGUCAGAUGAGCUGCUGCAGUACCGCCACUUUGUGUCCAAGCAGCAGUUCGAUAAGGACCUGAGUGAUGAGCAAGAGGAGGAGGUUUUGGCCCAGUUUGCUGCUCUGGAUCCUGAGAAGAAGGGUCACAUCGAAUGGUCAGACUUUCUCUACUUUGAGUCUCUGGCUGUUUUGAGGAAGUUCAGGACAGAGAACUCAUUGGUGCGUCUGUUGACAGCUAAGGAAAGAGACAAGGCAAGGACUGUUUUUCAAGGACUGGCCACGGAUAAAGAUGGCGCGAUCACGAGGGCGGAAUGCCGCCAGGCGCAGCAGUCCUGGUUCCACAAGCUCAAAGAUCCCCAGUCCUGCAAUGUGAGACUCAUGGGAUUCUGCUCACCUAUGAAUUGUGGUAUAAGUCAUGUUGGCCCCAUAUGUGAGAGCAGUCCAGCCAGCUCUGGCAGCGAAAGGAGCAAGACUGAUGAAAACAGGCCAUUGACAUGGGCAGACUUUCUGAGGGAGAGUGCCAUCUACAUUUUGGCAGCUCGGCCCAAUAGCUCUGCCAUGCACAUCCGGAUGCCUCUAUAGUCCAAGGUCCUCCACUGCAGCCCGCAGAGAGAGGAAGAGCGGUGUACUCCGUGGAUGAACUGGGGGAAGAGAUAACCAUGCUGACAUGAUGUCAUGAAGAGUUGAACGGAGGGAACCGGUUGAAGCACCAAGAGAUAGCGAAUGAAGCAAUCAACAAUCUCCUCUCCAGUGUCACUUCAGCACAACAACAAAGGCAACACAGACGUGUUUGAUACACAGGCACCCUAAGUGGCAGCAGCUGUCAUAGAUCCAAACCCAAAACCUUGUCAGUUUCUAAAAAGUGUAAGAGAUACGGCGGGCGGGACAGCCAUCCUCUUCUUAGCUGGUUUGUGAUAUUUCUGAAACUUUUGGUAUCGUCACAAGCAGACAAGAAGCCAGGAUGCUAGAAGUGGCACAAUGCCGUGGGAGCUGCUUACCACUCGUUUCCGAGUGGGUUCGUUCGCGUGACAGGCCUUUGCUCUACACAAGUGUUCAUUACUUUGAGCUUCAUCACAUGCUAAUUAUAAAUACAUGACAUUAUAUCGGGUUUUCAGUUCACCCUCAGAGCCCCUGGUGAAUUACUGCUAUCCGUACCAAGUAAAAGCAACCUGUAACACGUACCAAUAUAAAUUAUUAUUGAUCAAAAUCUGUAUUUAUUCCUGAAUCUUUAGACGUAUCCUUUGUUUUCCCAGUCUCAUCCAAGAAUCUGUGUUCUUUUGAAAUACUAACUGUGAAAAGGAUGUGAACAUUAAUGAAAGCUAACCUCGUAAGUGACAUGUAUGUGUAUGUAUAUAUACUGCCAUAUCGUCCUACCGCUUUUGUUGUGCUCUCAGAGCUGCACUAUGACAAGGUUAAAAAAAAAAAAAGUGGAAAAAAAAACAAUCGCUUGUUUCGUUCUAAUCACAAUAUUUGCACCGUGAGAAUGCCAUAAAAUGUAAUCAUUGUCUGACAUAACCACUGUAAUGAACUACUGACAGAAAGUGAGGUGUGACAGAUAAAUGGUUCUGCUUCCCAGAAAGCCACACCUAUUGUGACAAAGUAGCCAGGAAAAGCAGGAAGGACAUAUAUGCUGAAGAGCGUAAAAGAGAUUUCCCUUUAAACCACUAAGGCAUUGGACAUUGUGUAGUGUUUCUGAAAGUUAUAUGCUAUGUUCUUUUAAUGAAUAAAGUAUAGGAAUAAAAUAAAGUUGUUGGUUAAAGACAUAUGUCACAGUGUUUCAAUAAACACAUGGCAUUUA